CAGUUAUGCUCUAUCUGUGUCUGAAUUUACGGACCUCCCCAAUAUCCAACAACAGCUGUCCUCUGUAAUGAGCACAGUGCAAAGGAGGGCCACGCCCUUGACACCAACAGUGACUGUGGAGAGACAGCUACCAGGAAGGGAUCUUGUGUUCUUGUUGGAUGGAUCUGAUGGUACUAGAACUGGAUUCCCAGCUAUGCGAGACUUUGUCCAAAGAGUAGUAGAGACACUCAGUGUGGAUGACAACAAAGACCGCGUCUCAGUGGUUCAGUACAGCAGAGAGCCAGCUGUCCAGUUCUAUCUGAACACAUACCCGACAAAGGGCGAGAUCCUUGACAGUGUCAGAGGUUUGAGGCACAAAGGUGGAAGACCCCUCAACACUGGAGCAGCUCUCCAGUACUUGAGGGAUAAUGUCUUCACGGCCUCUGCCGGAAGCAGGCGUGUGGAAGGAGUUCCACAGGUCCUAAUAUUGCUAAGUGGUGGCAAGUCUUCUGACAGUGUUGAUGUACCAGCCUCUGCUCUCAAACAGCUGGGUGUCUUGACCAUUACAAUUGGAACCGGGAGCUCUGAUAGCAACGAACUGCAGAAGAUAUCCCACGAUCCCAGUUAUGCUCUAUCUGUGUCUGAAUUCACUGACCUUCCCAGUGUCCAACAGCAACUUAAGUCCUCCGUGGAGGCUGUGGUUAUUGGCGUCGCCCCAGAAUCACCAACUGUAUUUGUUGACACUGCCAAAAAGGAUAUCGUAUUCCUUCUGGAUGGUUCUGAUGCCACAAGGAAUGGCUUCCCUGCCAUGCGUGAUUUUGUUGAGAGAGUGGUGGAGAAACUCAAUGUGGGAGAAAACAAAGACCGUGUCUCUGUGGUCCAGUACAGCAGAGAUGCAGAGGUCCAUUUCGAUCUGAAAAGAUACAAAACACGAGAUGAUAUUCUGGAUUCGGUCAGAGGGCUGAGACACAGAGGAGGCAGACCCCUCAACACCGGGGCAGCCCUCCAAUAUGUCAGGGACAACGUCUUCACAAACUCCUCCGGGAGCAGGCGCCUCCAAGGUGUUCCACAAAUGUUGAUCCUGCUAAAUGGUGGAAGGUCUUUUGAUAAUGUAGAUACCCCAGCCUCUGCUCUAAAACAGCAGGGCAUCUAUGUU